AGAAGACGUUAUAACGUAAUACGAGAAUGAGCAAAAGUGAAAUAUUUUAUGUGGAAAAUGAAAUGCACGAUGUUACCGAUUUAGGGUCAGCAUCGAGAUCAAAAAUUUCUCCAGCAAUUGCCAACUCUCAUAUUGAAAAUGGGAGAGUUUCUCAACCAAAUGGAACAAAUAACAUAGCUCGAGGUUUUUCCAGAAAUAAAUCAAUCGAGCAGGGUUCUGUUCUAUCAUGUCAUGAUGUAAAUUAUGAAGUUGACUCCAGAAAAGGGUUUUUUUCUUGUAUUGGGAAACCAGAAAAGAAAGUUAUUUUGAAGAAUAUAAACGCUGUCUUCCAUCCUGGAACAACAGCUAUAAUGGGACCCACUGGAGGGGGAAAAUCAUCAUUAUUAGACCUUCUGGCUGGAAGAAAAGACAAAACGGGACUGAGCGGAUCCAUUUUAGUAAAUGGCAAAAAGCAACCUGAAAAUUUCAAAUGCGCUUCUGGUUAUGUAGCCCAAGAUGAUGUUGUCAUGGGAACUCUGACAAUUAGGGAAAAUUUUAUGUUUUCUGCAAAUGUUAGACUGCCUUCAUCUAUCAAUACUACUGAAAAGAAAAAACGAGUUGAUGACAUUCUCGCCGAACUCGGACUUACUCAUGUUGCUGACAGUAAAGUGGGAACUGAAAUGAUCAGAGGUGUAUCGGGUGGAGAAAGAAAAAGAACAAAUAUUGGAAUGGAAUUGAUUAUUAAACCAUCGGUAUUAUUUUUAGAUGAACCUACCACUGGCUUAGACUCCUCCACAGCUAAUUCAGUUGUCGCUCUUUUGAGUGAACUUGGUCAAAGAGGGAGAACAAUAAUAUUUUCAAUACAUCAGCCAAGAUUUACAAUAUUUUCCUUGUUUGACUAUUUAACUUUGCUAGGUAGAGGUCAAAUGAUUUAUCAAGGAUCUGCUAGUAAUGCCCUAGAUUAUUUUGAUGAGCUUGGCUAUCAUUGUGAGGAGCACAACAAUCCUGCUGAUUUCUUUCUAGAUGUUAUUAAUGGAGAAUAUGAAUAUGUUGAAAAUAAAACAAUACACAGAACGAGAAGUUGUAGCAUACCUGAAGCCCGCAAUCAGGAUAGAAAUCAAUUAAAUUUGCAAUUCGAAGUCUCAAAGGUUUUAGCAAGAAAGUUUGAACAAUCUCAAAGCUAUAAAAAACUUGAAGAAAAUUUAGCUGAUAUUUCGAGAUCAAAUGGAGGCACCUAUAAAAUUGAAAAUCAGCCCGAUUAUGUCACAUCUUUCUUUACUCAAUUCAUUUAUUUAUCCCAAAGAGCAUUUCUUAGUAUAAUACGAAAUCCGCAAGCUGGAAUGGCAGCUAUAAUGGGUUUAACAUUCAUGGCUCUAUUCAAUGGAUUGAUUUAUCUGCAAGUGAAAAAUGAUGCAUCCGGCUUAUUUAAUAGGGUAGGAGCAAUGUUUCAAAUGACCAUGAAUAUGAUUUUUGCAAAUAUGCCAGCAAUCGAACUUUUCAUAAAAGAGAGACCAAUUUUUAUUCAUGAGAAUGCUGGAGGAUUCUAUAGAGUAUCAUCAUACUUCUUCUCAAAAAUUAUAUCUGAUAUACUGCCAUUGAGAAUAGUUCCUACAAUAGUAUUUUUGGUCAUAACAUAUUGGAUGGUUGGCUUUCAAAAAUCGGCUGAUGGAUUCUUCUAUUUCUUGCUUAUUUGUCUUUUGGUUACCUUCGCCGCAAGCUCAUUAUGUUUCUUUUAUAGCGCGUCUGUUGGAGUAUUUUCUGUGGCUCAAAUGCUAAUUGCCAUUACUUUUGUUGUUAUGAUGAUUUUUAGUGGCUUUAUGGUACAAUUAGAAACCAUAACGAAGGCUGUGCGAUGGUUACAAUAUUUUAGCAUAUUAAGAUACGGUUUACAAGCAAUGACUGCGAAGGAAUUGAGAGAUCUAAGUAUAUGUGUAACUAAUCCAAUAACAGCAGAAAUAGACUGGUAUGAAUCAACAUGGGAUAUGUGGCACUAUCCGUUGGCUUUGAGCGGGUUUAUUAUCGGCUUUCUCGCUCUCGCUUAUAUACAACUAAGGCGAAUAAAGAAAACAAAGUAG